GUAACGAGCUUCGCGAUGGAUACAGUUAGCUAGAAACUUCAUUUCACAAUGUACAGUUAAACGCGUCGCAUAACGAAUCAGUGUGGUAUCCAGUGAGUAAUCUCCCAAGUACUUGGUAUUAAUUCUUAACUAAUAUGUAUUUUAUCAGGAAUUGACGUAAUAUGGAAACUCACCUCCGUUGAGUCUACGUUGAGCCUCUGAAUAGCUGAACAUCUCGUACUCUAAAUUUAUACCGUCCAAGAGUUUUCCGUGCGGGAAAAUUCCUCGGGUCCACUGCGGAAUCGCUAAGCCCAUGUAAGACUCGGCUAUCAGAAUGUGGUAUAAAUUGUAGAUGUCGUUGGGAAUCGUGAAGUUUUUUCCCGUCAAUUCGGUUAGAUUCUUCAGAAAGCCUUGAAUGCUUUCGAUUUUUGCUUGAAUUUCCGGAAGACUUUCGGUCUUUUUGCGUUCUUCCAGAUAUCUGAAAAUUUUUUCGAUUAGAUACAGAAUAUUUUGUUUUAUACUGAAGAGAUUUAUAAAUGGUACGCGUUACGUAAAUGUAAACGAUUAUUCAACAAUUGAAAUUACAAAAACCUGUCUUUUAGCAUAUCAAUUCAAAUGUCGCCUGUUUCUUUUUUUGAAAAGUCGUUUAUAAUUCUUUAUCUUGAAACAUCUUGGAAAGAUUAACAAGAAACGCGAAGUAAAGUUACGUGGCAAGUAUUAGUACGGUUUCUUUUUAAUUCUGCAUCUAAUAUAUUAUUUUUGUACUCGUCGGAAGUAUUGAAACGCUGUCCAGUUAACGUAUUAACUUUUAGUAUAUACCAGUAUUAAUUAAAAAGUGGCAAUGUUCUUUCAACGAAAACAUCUAUUUGCAGAGCUUAUCUUUACUGCGGUGUACGAUUGAUGAUUGAAUUGCAUUUAGUCAGAUUUUCGCAUUCAUGAUCUCUUAUAGUUCAACUUAUAAAGAAUCAGCUGAUGGUUGCUACUGAAAAUUCUUGCUCAGAAUGAAUCGAUAGAUAUUUUGCAUAGGUACAGUAAGUUUCAAUAAUUCAAACACUUUUUAUCAGAAGAAGAUUAUAUAAUUGCUAAAAUUUUUUUCUUACUCGGGACACUCCUCGGGGAUCAUGAGCCAGUCCCUGUCAGGCGUCUCAUAAGUCAUGGGUAUGGGUUGCCAAUUGAGCUGUUUGUUCCACACUUGUAGACCCUUCGGCGGGUAAAGAGCCGCGAGAACGAGUUGGAGACUCAUCUUCGUCCUCUUGUAGUCCGUGCUUCGAGCUAAUACUGAAUCGGGAAGGUACACGUCGCCCAGAAGAUCGUUGUACUGUUUUCGGAGCAAUUUACCGAGCUGGUACUCUCGGAGUUUUCCUUCCUAAAAAAAUUUCUUCGCUGAAUACUCGUAUCGUUCUUAUAAUAAAUAACCGUUCAUUCAUAAAAGAUGGAAAAACUCACGUUCGUCAGUCCACUGAGUCCCACCGGAUAGAAGCUGUAUUUGUAGUACGGAUCCUUCGGGAACAUUUCGACCGGAUCAGGCGCUCGAUCUCCAUGUCGGAAGACCUUGCCGUCAACAACAAGAACAACGCGGUAAAUAAAGAGACGAUUAAAAAAGGGAAGUCGUAAAUCCGAGCGUCGCUGGCACACUAUAUCGCAUACUCACAACACUGACGAGUUUCAACUGCGGUUGGUCUGCCGCUUCCAGCGUUAAAAUCGAGCCGCUACCGAUUAGAAGAACCCAAUAGGCCAGCAGCUUUCCACUCGUCGUCCACUCCAUCCUCCGUGUGUCCGUGUGCGAUGUGCGCCGACUCGGUCUCUAAGGAAGGACUAUCGCUUAUGGUUAUUGUAGCGACGACGACUGAGUAAUGCGUGAUUUCGGAAGCGAGCGACUGAUGCGAUCGGUUGUCGGGAAUGCGCGAUCUUUCUUCAUUGCGAGAACGAAAAGUGGGAGUUGUAACGUUUAUUCUUCCAGCUUUUAAAUAAUCAUCCGGCUGAAAAUAACGCGGCGAGUUUUUUUGAUGAUGAUGUUGGUGAAUUAACGAAGAGCGUUAUGUUAGUGUUUAUUGGAAAUAAAAAGCGCGAAUGUGUGUGCGAUUUCAUUAUUGGGUUAUUCUUGGAAGGAGAUAAGGUGUGCUUGCAGGUGCAAUAAUACGGAUAAAAAUAAUAUUUUCUGUGUAAAAGUGUAACGGAUGAUAUUUGUAGUCCGUAAUUUAACUAAGCAGAGGAAUUUCGAUGUAGGGCCUUUUUAUACACUUUAGCAGGAGAGUUAUAAAAUUUUUUCUCCGGCGAGUUCGGCCAAAAACGCGAAUUAUAUUCACAAACCUCGAUAACCGGCUGCCGUCAAGCGUGAUUAUGCGCGCACAUGUGAAUCCCGAUGACGUCGCGCGCUUGGCAAAGACAAGCUUCGAAAAUUUUACGGUUUGAUCUCGCGCGCCGAUAAGCUUGUUCACGUGAGAUCUGAUAAAAACGCCGCAGAUCACGCCGAUAACAUGCAUUAGCCGAGCUACCGACGUUAUUAUACCGAUUCUCGCCGCAUACCGGUCUAUGCUCGUAAACAACUUGGCUAUACUUUUGGAGAAAUCGGUUCACCAAUUAGCCUCUAAUUACCUGUACUGCAACGAAGACGUUACGUCGGUUAACGACAACAAUGUAUCCUCGCGAUCGAUCACCGCGAGAUCUAUCGACAUGAAUCACUCCGCGAUAAAUCGGCAAUAAAUUAUAUCAUCGCUGGUGUCUUUUCCCUGGACUUACCCUGCGAUCGAAUUCGCCGCAGCACAGUCCAGCGCGAAACCUCACCGGGAAAAAAGCGAACCCACUCUGCGAUCGAGGCUCGUCCAAUACACACGAACGAGCGCGUGGGUAGAAGCUUUCGCGCUUUCCGUCCGAUGAUUGGUUGCUGGGAGCUGCGCAAGCACAGAUCGACGCGCGCUAGUCUUGUUCUCUCUCUCUCUCUCUCUCUCUCUCUCUCUCUCUCUCUCUCUCUCUCUCUCUCUCUCUCUCUCUCUCUCUCGGUUUAUCGUGGAUGUGUCGCCCCUACCGUCUGCUCGUCCACUCGUGUCAAUGUUACGCGCCGCCUCCGCGAGUAUUUCUUGCUCUCUAUAGGUAGCUAUACACUUCUACUUCUUCUCUUUUUUUUCUAUCCUUUUCGAGCAGUGGAUCAUCCUCGAGUGUAGAAGAGUCGCCCACACGUGCUAUUUAUCGUCUCGAUUAUGACGUCGCUGGCUGGAUUUUGAUAAGAGCCGCGAAUGGGAGACUCGCGUGAUUAUAUGGAGCCGACGCUUUUCCGUGAAGUUGUUGCACGAAGUGCCGUCGAUAAGGUGAUAUGGAGAUCCAAAGGUCGUGAUUAUAAGUACCUGCUGGUCGGAUAAGAAGGUUGAAGGGGUGAGCGGAAGAAGAAGCACCACGAUGACCGGCGCUGCUCUCCUGAGAUGUCUUCUGUUGGCGAGCUUGGCGCUGACGCUCGUCGCGGCUAAGAAGGAGCUCAAGCUUCUGCACGUCCUAUCUGCCAACAAGUUCUACGUUCCCGAUUACGAUUAUCCAACGGCCGAGCUCCAAGUCCCCAGUAACUUGACCUACAAAUACUUCAUCGAAAAUGCCUUGGACGUGCCCAAUAGCGUCAAGAUGCACUUGUACAAUCUGGGAGUUCACUUACGGAACAUGUACGGGGAUUAUCUCGGCUCGAUCUACGUGGACGAAAUUAUUCGAAUGCAGACAACGGAAUAUCCCGCGUCUAUCAUCGCAGGAGAGCUGAUCAACGCCGGACUCUGGCCACCGGUUGAGCCGCAGAUCUGGAAGGACGAUCUGCCCUGGCAACCGGUUCCUUUCGUGUACACACCUGCCAUAGAAGAUACCGUGCUGCUGGGCUCGCUCUGCUCGAACUUCGAGUACGAGACGCACAAGAUUCUGAAGAACCACCUCAACCUCACCACCCAACAGACGGAAGUUAUCGAUUACAUUAGAACCAAGGGGCACGUCAAGGUCAAGAAUCCGAUCCACGUAUCCCUCCUGUAUCUCGUUUUACAGAACAGUAUUGAAAUCAACAAACGACACCCGGACUGGGUGAAACAAAUCUUCCCAGGCGAUGCGCUACUCAACGUCACACUAACGGCCUACGAAUUGCUUUCUAAGACGACGGUCCAGAAGCGACUCAACGGCGGCUCUUUACUCAAGCACAUUAUUAAGGAAUCGAAGGAGAGGAUCAAGGGAACGUUGCACCACAGCCGCAAGAUCAACGUCUUCAGCGGAGACGAUCGUAAUCUGGCCGGUGUACUGUCGAUCCUCAACAUCUCGAUGUUCGACCUGCCCAGUCCUGGAGCUGCCUUGAUCUUCGAGCUGUUCGAAGAAGACGGCAAUCACUUUUUCAAGAUAAAUUAUUACACGGGAUCGUCGAAUGACACGAUUCCGUACAAGCUGGAAGGUUGCGAUCUGUUCUGUCCAGUGGAAAAUUUCACCGAUCUGGUGGCUGACUAUCUACCCGAGAACGAGCUGUCCCUUUGCGGAUCGUUGGUUUACAAACCGCCGGGUAUGGAUGAUGACUCCGAACCCGAUGGAGCUUCCACACUUUCCGCGUCGCUCACCUUUUUUUCUGUCUUCGUGGUUUAUCUUGGAACCAAGAUUUAGUUGGUUCGAGGAUCGGAGCUUACUGUAUAAUACUGUAUUAUAAUUUAAGGAUAAAAGUGAAAAUAAAAGUAUCCGACCAUCCGACCAUACAAUAA